AUGACAUCUGCAUCUCAACUCUCGGAGUCCGAUGUCCGCCUAUUCCUGCAACAGCUUGAGGCCAAUCCUGUCGACGUGACCAAAUGGAACCCGAUGAUGCGCUUUUCGCUGCUUCGUGGUGGGCUCAUCGACUUCACAAUUUAUGGCCGUCGCGUAGGCUCAGCACCCCGUUUUGCUUUGAUGGCUGUGUCUCAAAAGGCGCUCGUAUUCCUCGCCAAGCACCCUCGCGCACCAGCAAUCAACUUCACCUUCGAUGUACCCGCUGUACAGCUGCGAGGUGGAAAUGGCCAGGCAAAACUCGUCUCCGGGAAGGGCAAGAUGCGCGAAGCUCAGAUCAAGAUCCAUGAAGCUGCUCUUGUUGCGAUCACACAAUGGCUUACGGCCCUGUGCACACCCGCACUAAUGCCUCUCAUCGGGGCAAGCUUCUCGAUCGAGACGUGUAUCCGCUUCAUCUGCGUUCACACUCUACACGCCUCAGAAUAUGUCCAGCACCUGACCGACAAGUUCAUUACAGACGCCGGUAAGCUUGCACUGAGCUCGCAGCAGGUGACAGAGCUUGUCAGGUCGUGCCGCGGUGACGACGAUCAAUUGCUCAUGGGACUCGCGGAGAAGUUGAUCGGGAAAAAGCUCGACGGCCAACUCGCCCCUAAGCAACUGAACAUAUUUCUGUGUAAGGCAGGAAACGAAUUACUGAAAAAGAAGGUCGAGACCCUGGAGAAAGAGAUGGGCUUCACGGUUAAAGGGACGGGCUCGAAGGCGACAUUGCAGUCCUGGGCUGAGGGAUUUCCUUCCUUAUCCCCCACAGCGGUAACCCGUUCCGCAGGGCGGGUUCAUGAGAUCAAGGACCAGGAGAUAAUCGAGAUCGACACAGACGUAAUGGAAGUGGAUGCCGACGGGUGGCAAAUACCUCCUCGUGCGAAAGAGAACGCGGCAGUCUCGAAGAGGCGGAAAUUGACGCACGACAAGGAUGUUAGGAAGUAA